CGGGACCGGGAUCGGGACCGGGAUCGGGAUCACAACCGGCACCGGGAUCGGGAUCGGGACCGGAGCCGCCCAGCGCCUGCCGAGGAGGCGCCCGCCGGGCUCUCCCUACAGGACGCGGCGGCGAUGCUGUGACCUACAUUCGCGACAAGGAAGGUCCCCAGCCCGCCGCCACCGCCGCCGGGCCAUGAAGCGACACAAGUGACGGGGCCGGCGCGCCCGCGGCCAUGGCCAGCCCGGCACCAUGGCUGCGCUGGACACAAACAGAGCUGACGCGCUGGCACGGCGGGGAGGAGGAGGAGGAGGAGGAAGAAGACGACUUUGAAAGGCGGAUGGACGAGGAUGGGGUCAUCGGCCUGGGGGAGGCUGCCAGGAGCCCACUGUGGGGUGACAGUGAGGACCUGGAGGAGGGGUCCCCGGCAGACGAGGGGCGCUGGCACCCACGGCAGGACCUGGCCCAGGAGGAUGAGGAGCGGGGCAGCUCCGGGGAGGACGAGGGGCCCUGGGGGGCGGAGAGCGAUGGGGAGCCCUACCCCGAGCUGUCCUCGGAGGGCCGCUGGGGCUCGGGCUCCAGCGGCAGCCCCGAGGUGCUGAGGGACGGCCGGGCUCUCUGCCAGCCCCGGGGCUGCAGCACGGACGGGGGGGACAUCUCAGGGCUGUCGGACACCAGCCCUGGCCCUGCCACCCCGUCCCGCCAGCACCGGGGCUGGGGCACGGCCGGCGACACCAUCGGGGGGCACAGGCAGGAGUGGACCCCGAGACGGAGCCUCCCUCUGCAGCUCUCCACCGAUGACCCCAGCCCCGAGCCUGUCCCCGAGCCGCAGACAGCUGGCACAGGGCUGCCAGCCCCCAGCACCGCCGGCUUGGCACCCACCGGGGAGCCUCGAGACACCGGGAACCCCCCGGCAGCCCAAGGGCACGACAGAUCCCGAGUGCCCAAGAAAGCAGCGCCCGCCGUGGUGCCGCCCAAGCCCGCCCGGCAGUCCCGGUCCCUGAGCCCCAGGAGGCGAGCGGGUGGCAAGGGGACGAGGGAUCCCUCGGGAACGGGCACCGAGAGCACCCAGUACGGCCGAGGGCGCCUCAACCACCCCCUGCCCGACCUCUCCAAGGUGGAGGCGCGGGUGAAGUUCGACCAGAGCUACCGCCCACCCCGGGGCCGGGUGCUGCCCGCCCGCCCCCGCGGCCCCGGCGGCCCCAUCGGCUUCAAAUCUCCGGCCGAAAUCGUGCGGGAGGUGCUGCUGAGCAAUGGGGAGGGGGUCCCUUCGCAGCCCCCCAGCACGGCCGCGCUGCCGCAGGAGUUCAGGUCCCCCAGACAAGCCACGGCGCUGGUGCAGCAGCUCCAGGACGACUACCACAAGCUGCUGACCAAGUACGCCGAGGCUGAGAACACCAUCGACCAGCUGCGCCUGGGCGCCAGGGUGAGCCUGUUCUCCGACCCGCCGCAGCCCAGCCGCAGCCUCGCCGUGGGCACCGUGGCCACCGGGUGCCGGGUGAUGACCCUCAGCAUCCCGCAGGCGCGGACAGCGGCUCUGGGCAUGGCCACAGCCCCGGCCACAGCCCCAGCCCCGCCAGGUGCAGCUGCAGCCUCGGGACCGUCAGAGCGGGGGGGUUCACCCCAACCUCGGUCCCCUCCUCCGCCCGGGGGGGGCUGCCCCGCCUGCCCCGGGCCGUGCUGCUGCCCCGGCCCCCGGCUCACCCGGGCGCUGGCGGGGCAGAGCCGCAGGCUGCAGGCACAGGUGGAAUCCUUCGAAAGCUGGAUGCGUGCAGGGACCCCCACACCCUCGGAACAGCUCCAGAGGAUGAGGAUGCUGAAGGACGCACAGGAUGCGCUGGAGCGGGAAUACCUGCGGGGCCGGCAGCAGCUCCCGGGGGCUGCGGAGGGUUUUGAUCCUGACCGGGUGGUGGAAGGGGAGAUUUACCGCCUGGGGCUGCGCCUGGAGGGGCUGAAAGAGCGGCUGGAGCCGGGGGGCAGGCGGCAGCCCCUCCCGCAGGCCCCCCCGCAGCCCCGCUGCCUCCCAGCCCCGUCCCCACUGCCGGUCGUCCACUCCCCCCGCCCCGAGAGCCCUGCGCUGGUGGAGAGUCCCCGGGGGACAGCGGGGGACAGCGAGGGGGUGGCAGGGGGGCUGCCCUGGCCCCUGUGGCACAAGCAGCGCCAAGUGGAGGAGGAUUUCGGGGACCUGCUGGAGCAGUACCAGCACUUCAAGUCCUUACCGGAGUCACUGAGCCUGGAGCAGCUGAGCCUGGCGGAGAGCGGGUCCCAGGAGGAGGUGGAUGCAGCCACAGCAGGGGAUGGUGGCCCCAGCAAGGUCCCUUGCAGGACACGGUCACUCGAGGAGGGGGCCAACAUCGAGACCCUCCCUCUGCACCUCCCGGAGAGAAGGGCUGCGACACUUCCCCCCAGAGGACCUCCAAACCUGGGGGACACACGGGGCCACCCAUCCCCUGCCACUGCUGAGGAGCCGCCAGCCUCUGCCAAGCCCCCACUGGGUGUCCCUGGGCCACCACGGGUGCCGCUGUCCCGCCGCAGCAGUGGGACGGGCAGCGCUGCCACCCAGCACGGGCCCCGCAAGGAGCAGCGCAUCGUGUCCCCAGAGACCGACAGUGGCUUCGUGGGCUCGGAGGCCAGCAGGGUGUCACCCCCCGUGCACACCCCCGAGCACCAUCCCGCUGGCACAGGGACUCCGGGCUCUCUGGGACCGUCCAUCCCCAUCCCCACCACCCUCCUCACCCCACGGAAGAGAGAGAUGACCCCGCUUCCCUCCGAGACAGCACUGAUGGGCAUCUACCCCCCGGGGGGCACAGGGGGGCCCCGGCUGCCCCCCAGCAGCCCCUCGCAGAGCAGCUCCCCCCCUCGCUGGGCCGAGAGCAGCGAGGCAGGGCCGGACGCCGACGGUGAUGGCACUCACACGGACUCAGAGGUGGGAGACAGGAGCUGUGCCAGCGCCGGUGACCACCCUGCAGCCAUGGCCAGGAGCCCAACCAGCCCCCUGCCAUCCCCCCAAACGCCAUCCCCCACCCUCCUGUCCCCCGACCUGCCGUCCCUCGACCCGGCUCCCUGUGACCUCCUGGGGUCCCGUCUGGAGCGCGACCAGGCCAUCCGGGCGCUGCAGGACGAGGUGUGGCGGCUGCGGCGGAGGCUGGAGGAGAGUCUGCGCCGCUCCCGCAGCUACCCCGAGGAAAAACCACUCCCCGUGGCACCCCGGCCAGGAGGCCACCAGUGGCCAGCGGACCAUCGUCCCCCCCAGGAUGCAGCACCCUCGGGGGACCCGAGCCCCCCGGUGCGGGGCAGGGUGGCCCCCGGGGUCACACCCACAUGGAGGGAGAGGUCAGCUUCGCUGCCACGGCACAGGCCGGAGCUGGACCUCGGUCUGGAGGAUCCCAGCGGAUCCCGCCCCGCUUCCCUGUCCUCCGCCGCAGCCUCGGGGUCAGAGCCCUCACCCGCCGGGCCCCGGGCACCGCCGUCCCUGCGGAGGCACCGUGGGAACCCCCCGGGGGCGGUGACAUUUCGGGGACAGUGCACAGGGACACGGUACCAGGCGGGGACACCACGUGCCACCCCGGCAUCCCGAGAGGAGCCAGGCACCUCGGGGUGUCCCCGAUGUCACAGGGGCAGGAUGGCAUCAGCUGGAUUUGGGGGGGGUGAUGCCACUUGGCAGCCCCAGCACAGCACCCCGAGGAGGACGUCCUGCCCCACUUGCCGUGCACCCAUGGGUGCACCGGGCAGCAGGGACAGAGCCGCAUCUGCAGAGCGUGGCCCUGGUGGCACCUGUCCCCCAGGCCCCCGCGUUGGAGCCGAGAAGCCGGAGCAACGCGGCCUUUGGUACUUGGCAGCCACCCCUGCUGCCACCGCUGCCACCGUCUGCCUGGCACCCGUCCCCCUCGUGCCUUAUGUGCCCUCCAUGCUCUACUGCUCCCCCACAGUUCCUACCUCAGCCCCAGCCCUGGCCGGGGUCCCCCUCGGUGUCCCCGCGGGGCCCCGGCGGGCAGAGAGUCCCCCCCGGCCCCAGGGCCACCACCGCUGCCUGAGCCUGGACCUGGAGGAGCUGGAGGAGCUGAACUGGUCACUGAGCCGGGCCGUGGAGGCUGCCCAGAGUGUGAGGCUGACCACAACCCGCAUGAGCCGGGCACUGGCCGCAGAGCUGGGCCGGGCGCGGGGCCUGCGCGGCUCCUGCCUCUUCUGAGGGUCCCGCCAGCACCUCCAAAGCCUCCCUGCCACGAGGAGGAGGAGGAUGGGCCCCCUCAGCGUCCCUGCACUGGGUGCUCCCUGCCAAGUCUGGGGGCAGCAGGGCUGGAGGUGUCUCCAGGGUGUCCUGCCCUGGCUCCCACCCCCCUUCCCGCUCUCCCUGCAGUUCCUGCAUGGCUUGUCCGUCUGUCUGGCCGUUUUCGGGACCCCCUCAAGCUGCAGGAGGGGGGGGAUGGCGUGGGCAGAAAUCUCCUGGGACCUGCAGCAUCCCUUGAGACCAAUGGGGUGGCCCUGUGUCCCCCCAAGGCAGUGGCCACCCCACCCUGAGCACUUGUGGGGAUGCUCUGACCUCGUGUGGGCCCUGCACAGGUCGAGCCCCCUUGGCAGCUGUGUUACCUCUGUGCCUGUGUGGGCAGCAAUACCUGGGAUUCCUGGGAUUCCUGGGAUUUCCUGGGAUUCCUGGGAUUCCCUGGGAUUCCCUAUCCCACCCCUUUCCCAACCUUUAGGCCUCCUCAGGGGGCUCAACCCCUCUGCCCUUGGACUUGAACCCAGCACAAUCCUCCUUGGGGAAACUCUUUUUUUUGGUGGUUUUUAUGUGAAUUUCUGUAGCUAGUGAGCAGCUCAAUCACUCUUUUGAGUGUUGAUUGAUGGUCUGUAAUAUGUGUGUGCGAUAUAUGUGUAUCUAUAAACGGAUAUAUCUGGAUAUAGACCUUAUCUAUAUUUAUAGAUCUAUAUCUAGAGAGACAGAUAUAAAUAGAUCUGUGUAUAUACAGAUCUGUAUCUGAUUCCACAGAUAUAUCUUCUUAUGGAUACAUAUAUAUAUAUAUCUCUCUAUAUAAAUUCUGGUUUUCAUUUCCAGCACAACCCUUAGGGCAUUUGUGGGGUUUUUUCUGCUCAUGCCUGGAUGUGGCCGCCCACAGCAUCAAAUAAAAUGAAGGAUUUGAGGUUUUUCCCCCUGGGAUUUCCAGGGGAUCUGGGCUGGAAGAGGAAAAACCACCUGCUGAGACCAAAGCAGGUGUAGGGUUUGCAGAGCCCCUGGUCCCUCCCAGCUGGGUUUCUAAUGAGUUACUGCCUGUUCUUUAGGGAAAACCAUGUGGUCGGGGCAGCUUUUCCUGGGAUGGGUCCAGCCUAAUGCCCUGCUCCAUCCCCAACACCCCAGCCUGUGUUUAUCCGUAGGACCUACCUGAAGUGCCAGUGUCAAAUGUAUUUAUUUUUGCUUUUAUUUGUUGUACAAAUACCCACAUGUGGGGGGUGGGAUCAGUGCGUGACUCAGGCCUGGAGCCAUCCAAGCUCUCCCUGAGCCUGAUCCUGACACGAGCCCAGAGGGGCUGGGAAUGGGCCUGUCUCUCCCCCUUUUUUAGGGGAUUUUAAAGAAGUUUGGGGCAUUUUAAAGAGGUUUGGGGGAUUUAAAAGAAGUUUUAUGCAUCUCUGGUUGCCUCUGCUCAUGUUUGUCCCCAAGCUGGAAGCUGUGACUUGCCCCAGCCCAGCCAGGGUGUGAUGGGAGUGUGUGGGAAGUGUGGUUAAUUAUCCCAAAAGCAGUAGCCAGGACCAAAUGAUGGGGUUUUUUUCCUUAUCCCCUAUUUUUUAACGCCCUGGGGUGGCAUUUUGUACGAAGAAAUCGCCUAUUUUUGAAGGAAAUAAAUGCCAUUGGAUGA